CUGGAGUGCUGAUGGUCAGUAGUGAUGUUCAAAUGUCGUCCGAUCUGACUAUUUGGCUACUGUUUAAUUAGAUCAGACGGCAGUUGAGCGCCACCGCUGACCAGGUAAUCGCUUCAUUCUCUCCCUGCAAAUCCUGUUCAUCUCACCUUCGUUCUCUCCGCCACAGCAAUGAACCAUUUGCUCAAGAAUUCUUGGACUCGCUUGGUCUCCACUCUAAGUCCUCCUAGCUCUCACUUCAUAACUGUCACACAUUCUUGCCGUGAUGAGUGCUCUGACUCUUCCGGCAGUAGUAGUAACAACUCUGAGCUUGAAGAGUUUUCGCGUUCAAAGGAGGGUCUAGUUCAGUGCUCCGCAAAUCACGUCCCUUUAUCUCCCAUAGGGUUCUUGGAGCGAGCUGCAUCUGCCUACAGGAACAGGACUUCUGUAAUUUAUGGCUCUUUGAGAUAUACUUGGGGUCAAACCCAUCAACGCUGCCUUAAAUUAGCUUCUGCUCUCACGCAGUUGGGAAUUUCUCGCGGUGAUGUGGUGGCAACUUUGGCUCCAAAUGUGCCAGCAAUGCAUGAGCUUCAUUUUGCAGCUCCAAUGGCUGGGGCAGUUCUGUGUACACUAAAUACUCGCCAGGAUUCAGCUAUGAUAUCAGUUCUUCUUAGUCAUUCUGAAGCUAAAAUCAUAUUUGUGGAUCAGCAAUUACUUGGAAUAGUUAACGGAGCACUUGAAUUACUUGCUGAAAAAGCUGAUUCAAAACUGCCGAUUGUAGUUGUAAUUGCUGAUUCUGAUGAGUCAUCUACCAGCUUUACUUCAGAAACAAAACCAACUUAUGAGUAUGAAAGUCUUUUAGAGAGCGGCAAUAGUGGAUUUGAAAUCAGAAGACCAGAGAGUGAGUGGGAUCCUAUCAGUGUGAAUUACACCUCCGGCACAACAUCAAGGCCGAAAGGGGUUGUCUAUAGUCACCGCGGCGCUUAUCUCAAUUCACUGGCCACAGUAUUGCUUCAUGGAAUAGGCUCAAUGCAGGUUUAUCUAUGGACUGUCCCUAUGUUUCAUUGCAAUGGAUGGUGCCUCAUUUGGGGUUUGGCUGCUCAGGGCGGUACUAACAUUUGCCUCAGAAAAGUCACUCCGAAAGGCAUAUUCGACAACAUUGCUCUACACAAUGUGACACACAUGGGAGGGGCACCAACUGUGCUGAACAUGAUUGUAAACUCGCCGGAGUGUGAACAAAGGCCACUUCCUCACAAAGUAGAAGUAACGACAGGUGGCUCACCUCCACCACCACAGAUCCUGUUCAAGAUGGAAGAGAUGGGUUUUGGGGUGAAUCACUUGUAUGGACUUACAGAGACUUAUGGUCCAGGGACCUAUUGCUCAUGGAAACCUGAGUGGGACUCUCUGCCCUUGAAUGAGAGAUCAAAGCUUAAAGCUCGACAAGGAGUACAACACGUAUGUUUAGAGGAGGUUGACAUAAAAGAUCCCAUCACUAUGGAAAGUGUACCGCCUGAUGGUAAGACAAUGGGUGAAAUUAUGUUCAGGGGAAACACUGUGAUGAGUGGUUAUCUUAAAGACUUGAAAGCAACAGAGGAAGCUUUUAAAGGUGGAUGGUUUAGAAGUGGAGAUUUAGCUGUGAAACAUUCUGAUAACUAUAUCGAAGUCAAGGACCGGUUGAAGGAUGUGAUUAUAUCUGGGGGAGAGAACAUAAGCACAGUUGAGGUUGAAACAGUUUUGUUUAGCCAUCCAGCAGUUCUAGAGGCCGCAGUUGUUGCAAGGCCUGAUAACCAUUGGGGGCAAACUCCUUGUGCAUUUGUGAAAUUAAAGGAGGGCUCUAAUGUGAAUGCGCAAGAAUUAAUCGAGUUCUGCCGCGAUCAUAUGCCUCAUUACAUGGCUCCCAGGACAGUCAUUUUCGAUGAUAUACCAAAGACUUCAACAGGAAAAAUACAAAAGUUCAUUCUCAGAGAAAAAGCAAAGGCCUUGGGCAGCCUCUCAUGAAGGAGCU